AUGCAAUCUCUUCCUGCAGUCCGUUCCGUCGCUUUUCCGCAGUCUGUUCUGUCACUUUUCCGGCUUUACCGCCUCGAUUUGUCAUACAAUAACUUGUCCGGCGACGUUCCGUUGGAGGUCAACGGUUUGACUCACCUUCUCACUUUCCGGCUCGAGGAGAACCAGUUUUCAGGUAAUCACCUCUCCGGUGAAGUACCCAAAUCCUUCUCGGGUUUCCCAGAAUCAGUUUUUUCUCAAAACCACGCUCUCUGUGGGUCACCAUUGCAAAACUGCAAGAGCGUCACGACCAACCUGAAGAUACCCGGAUCCAACGGAGCCAUAGCCUCGCCGUUAAUGCUGGGUACUAACCCCACCACUGUAGUGGUAUCAUCGCCGAGUUCACUCCCUUCAAGCGCCACACCGACCAGAUCGGCUAGUAUUCACCACUCUGAAACCUCCAAAUUAAGUAUGGUGGCUUUAAUCGCCAUAAUCCUCGGCGAUGUGUUUGUCCUGGUUGUAGUCUCUCUCAUCCUCUACUGCUACUUUUGGCGAAGCUAUGCGACCAAAAUGCGGGAGGGCAAGAGGUCGAAGCUCCUAGAGAGCGAGAAGAUCGUUUACUCAUCGAGCCCGUAUCCGACAAAGAACGGGUUCGACAGGGGUCGAAUGGUGUUCUUCGAGGGUGUGAAACGGUUCGAGCUGGAGGAACUGCUUCGUGCCUCAGCGGAGAUGUUGGGGAAAGGUGGGUUCGGGACAGCGUAG